UGCGCGCAGUUUCCAUUAUCACACGAUGAAAAAGGUUGUGGCGGCGCUGCUGGCUCCGCUGGCACUUGCGUCUACCUACGACGAAUGGGACCUUCCAAACUACUGCAUGGCGACGGACACGAUGGACAAGGUCGCAAUCCCGCCACUGACCAGUAAUCGACCCAUGGAGCUCGUCCAAGCCCAAGUCAUUGCGCGGCAUGGUGCCCGCGCGCCGUACUCCCGCGUGUUUUGCUGGGAAACGGCCCCAAGUCCAGUGAAUGCCGUGUGGAACUGCUCGACGAGCUCCGUUUGGUCUGGAGACAUUAUGGCCAAUGAUGCCAACAAUCGAGGGUUUGGGCGACUGUACAAGAAGCAGUACAUGGACGGUGGAAACGUCUUGUCCGGCACGUGCGCCGUUGGCGGCUUGCUCCCGUUGGGUCGCGAACAGCACCGCCGCGUUGGCGAAUUGCUACGCAAAGCGUACAUUGGAGAGGGUCCGCUGAAGCUUUUCAACUCGAGCAACUUGAACACUCUUCACAAGCACGAGAUCUACCUCCGCAGUGACGACCAAGAGCGCACGUUGGGCUCUGGCCAAGCGCUGGUGGACGGGCUCUUCCCGUACGAUGUCACAGACGAUUCAGAUACGGAGCACAUGCUCACGUGGAUGACGGCGGACGGCGCGACCGAUUACAUUGACCACAAAAGCGACAACUCGUGCCCCGCCUUGCCGUUUAUCUUGGGCCAAGUACAGGCAACCCCCGAGUGGGCCGCCCUUAGCCGUGACGUGGCGCCGCUCCAGGCCGAGUUUGAGCGCGUGGUUAACGGCACGUUUUCGUGGGACACGUGCUUGGAAUGCCUCAUGAUUGCCAGAUGCAACGACUUGGCGCUACCUCCUGGCAUGACCCAAGAGUUGUUUGACGGACUCAUCCAACAUGUGCAAGCGCGGAAGAAGCUCGUGCUGACAUUUCAAGGCGGACGGUACGCCAAGGUGGACAUGCACCACAUGUGGGCAGACGUCCUCCAGCGCAUCGACAAGAUCAUCGCCGACCCCGAGCACGCCCCCAAACUGUCGAUUACGAUCGGUCACGACUCGACCAUCAUGCCAAUGAUGGCAUUGCUUCUGGGCGAUCGAUGGGAUGGCGCGUGGACGACGUACGCCGGAACUCUUGUGCUGGAGCUGUACAAGGUCGUCCCAACUGUCACCCUUCGAAACGAUGAAAGCAAACAUCCGACCAACGACGCAUCGGCGGCAUAUGCGGUGCGCGCAGUCUACAACGGCCAGCCGCUCUUGCUUCCGUUCUGCUCGGAUUACUUGUGUGAGUGGACGGUCUUCAACGACACGUUUGCGUUCGCCCGCGAGUGGCGGCCGUGUGCCGUGCCGACGACUUCCAUGUCGGCGGUGCCCACGGACCGGCGGUGGAAGCCGCACGGACUGCAUUGGGUGGCGUCGGCCGUCAUGUUUAGUGGGUGUGUAUCCAUGACCGUGGUCAUGAUGCGGGAGCUUCGACAUCGCCAAGAAGACCCGACUACUCGCUACUUGCUUGCUUAAUCUAGCGUUUCGAGCCAAAACAACGAAGAUCUCUGCGAGCCACGCGUCGUCGAUGGGAUUACCAGUUUGGUGGUUUAAUCUAGUAUUACUAGUACUACUUACUACGAAACUGUGGUCACCACACUUCGGCCACAUACCGCCCGUUGAGUUGAAGCGAUGUCACAUAUGCCUUGGCUUGGUCGACUGACCAUCCGCGAUGGCUCUCCAAGCAAUUCACCAGCGCCAGUUUGACAUCUCGACCCA